UAGACAUUGACUAUGGAUCUCAGGAUGACUAGAAGUCAAUGACAUGAUGCCUAUCUGCAUCGAGUGCUCGUACCCCGUGUCGCAUUUGUAUAGCACUUACAGUCGUGCCGACGAUCGUUCGUUAGGCAAAGGCGUGCGCUUGACACAAUGUCCACGCUGCCAGCGAUUCGCGGAUAAGUAUGUUGAAUACGAUUUUGUCGUGAUCUUCAUUGAUCUCGUUUUGAUCAAGCCGCAGGUCUAUCGCCAUCUCCUUUUCAAUAGGCUUGGAGGAGACAACAACCAAUUCGAUCGCUCUAUCAUUCGUCUAGGAGUCCUUCUACUUUUGUUUGACGUCUAUCUGACAUGGGCUCGCAUUGAGAAGUCUCCCUCUUUGGCCACCACCUUCCUCUCUCGCGCACCGAUCGUUGUCCAGUACUUUUUCUUUUUGGGCCUAAAUGCGCUUGCGACUCUUGCCCAUCAUCUCACCAUCCGUGUCCUAGCUUCAGUACUCGCCCCAACACCUAGGGGCUUGAGGCAGAAUGGCAGCAACUCGAAUACUACCACGACGGAUAGCCCCCUCUCCACCCCGUCGACACCAGUACAUACCUCUCCUCCAACUCAAAUCACGAAUGCGCAAUCCCAAGUAUCUCCCACCUCAACAUCCAUGUUGAGUCCACCUAGGCUCACUCGGCAAGGCUCUUACGAUAUUCCAUCAGCGGGCGGAGGAUUCUCAGCCGCAAACAGUUUAGGAAGUGAUAAUCACGCCGUCAAUUCAGUAGCUCAGGGCUCAUUACCACCACCUCCUUUGCGCCGCGCCUCCACAGCUCCAAUUCAGAGCAUUCAACCGCUGCCUCCUCCAACACCCGCCAGCCCCACCGCCAUCAGCACUGCACUUCUCGUUAGCAGUUGUGCCAAACUUUUCCCGAUACUGCUUGUCAUCUGGGGCCCCGACGGCAGUGGCAUUGCAUCUCAGACACCCACCAACAGCAGUGUAGGGACAAGUCGCGUAACCCCGGGCAAUCUCUCGCAGCACGCGCUCAGCGGCAUGACCGCCGCGGCAACCACCACCACCACCACCACAGGCUCGUCAGGAAUAGCGGGAUCACCAUCGGCAGCUUCGUCAACGCUUCUAGAAAGCUUGAUUCAGAUGCUGCCUCAGUCGGUACCGACAAGUUACCUAGCAAACUUCGUCGAGCUGACAGGCUCACUUUUCUCACUGGGGGCAGCCGAUACACAUUUGGUGCUAUUAAGUAAUAUCGAAGCCCUAUAUGUCCUCUUAGGAUGCGGGUACCUCCGCGCUGUAACACUAGCAGUCGCCGGACUAAUGGCUCGAUGGACAGUACAGAGAGUCAUCCUAGGAACAAUAGGGGUUGGCUAACAUACAACGGAAAUACCUAUCAAAUCUUUCAAGUGAAAAACGAAACUCAUCCCGUUCACGAGAAUCUAUGAAUCACCGCUGAGAAAACAUCAAUGUAGCAACAUAAAAAAAGAAAGAAAACGUAGUACCAAGCAUACACAAGAUAGCUAUACAAAAACCCCAUAAACUACUUCAUUCAUCUACCUUCCAAACCCAACCUAAUAUAUCCUAGCCCCCCCAACCAAGAACCCAAUAAAGAAAAAUCACUGCGGCACCCGAUCAGGUCUAAUAUCCGCCCUCUUCGGCGAAAUAAGCGGAUGCCACUGCGCCAGG